CCCAGCUCUACUCGUUGUAUCCAGCCCCCUCACAGGCAGAGGAGCUUGCGUCUGCUAUCAAUGUCAUCCUUGAAACUCUCCAUCUGUAACCCGCUUGCUGAGACUGGCAAUCUUCGACUUGGAGGUGAAUGCAAGAUGAGUACGAAUAGGGCGAGUACCAAUGCCAAUUCUGGGACUGGCUCCGGCUCCAAGCGAAAGAAGGUCGUAAAGAGCCGCUUCAAGGGCUCCCCUCUGGACGACUUCUUUUGCAAAUACACCCAUAAGGGUUUCGACUACAAACCUAGCAGCUCUGCACCCCGCGAAUUCGAGCGUCUCUGCAGCUUCAUGAAAUGGGAUGACAAGGAUAAUCCCAAGCGAAGGGAAAAGCGAAGGGAAGCGCGAAAGCUGUUUCAGGACGCGCUCACGCAGCAGUUUAAUGUCAUGUAUGGAGAGGACGAGAAUGAACUUGCAGCAUGGCAGUCACUUUGCGCGGCUUUGGAGCUAGACCCUAUCCCGGAUACUGUGGAGAAAUGCCGCGAAAGCAUUCGCCUCACAUUUGUGAACCUCGUCGACCUCGUCGAUAUUCAGAGAACUGGCAAGUCUGUUCAGCGGUUCAACUCGGAGGUUGCCCUCAGCACGUACACGAAGGCGGAGGAGAAGUAUUUCCCGCGCGAAAAUGCGUAUCAGAGCGGAUUGCUGAGGUAUCUCCUCCGUCAUAUCACGUCCCCUGACGUCAAGUACCACACCGGUGGACACAAGUCAAGGAAAAAGACAUCGUUGAGAAAAGUAUAGUUGUACAACUAUGAUUAGCUGUUAGAACUUGACACUGACGGCACAAAUCACAUAAGAAUGUCGACUUGUACUCGAGUACUGUAUCUACAGAUCACGAGCUAAAACAUUGGUUUCAGUCCAUAGUGGCUGUUCUAUCU